AGACGGUCGAGCACGUUGCCACUGAAUUUCGUCGGUGUAGUCGGUGCCGGGCUUAAAUCAGAUUCACAUGAUAAAGUACUUGUGCCGAUAAUUGCGAAUUAUUUGCUCAAAGUUCAGACGAUCCCUUGCGAGAGGGUGGUUCCGAGGUGGUUGUGAAAAGUGCUUGACCGACAAGGAUUUUUUAUGUUACCGCCCCGAAGGAAUAUCGUGUACAGGACAAAAUGCAUCGUCAUUGUAUGCUUUUGGUCCUAACAAUAACAGCUCUAGGCCUGGCAAUAGAACAGAGGAAAACUAAACAAGUGAGAAACACCGACACCAACCAUCUGCGAAUAGUCGAUCCAGAUCCAAAUGAUUCAGAAUACAUGAAAAUCGAAGCUACCGGUAGCAACAAAAAUAAUAAAAAGGUCAACAACAAAACCGGCGAUGACGACAAACCCAAAACGCUGUCUCAGCAAAUAGCGGAUGGGAAAUAUGCUUUAAUACAGAAAGAAAUAUUCAGUAAACCGCCAAAACGACCAGGGAUUUUGAGUUACGACAUCAAUCCAGAAGUUCCUAACGAUAAUAUAGAUAAUCUAGGAGGACUAGAUAAGAACGAAAUUUGGUUAGCUGAAAACCAUUUGUUGGUAUUACGAGGAGGAAGCUUUCCGCCAUACGACGACAAAAGGGAUCAUUCGGAAUCGCCUUGGGGUCCACUUGACAACUAUAAGGCCCCGUUACACCAGGUCAAGAUCCCAAAGAACCCGAAAAUUCCGCCGCCCUUUCCUGUCCAGCUCACUGAAAACGGGCCGCUCCAAAUCUUGGGCACAAACUCUUCGAGAACGUUUAAUGGAACGUACGAAGAAGCCCUCAACUCUAUUUCGCCCCCCGAAGGCUAUCCCCCACCAGCGCCGUUCUUCCAACCUUACAAUCCCGAUUCGGCCAACCUUACUCCCUGGUCAGCUCCGAUGCCAAUACCUGGCAACUCUCCGCCGGGGGAAUUAUCAGGGGGGUUGCCGUUACCCCCAAUCAGCUUGAACGGAACAUUGCCGCCAUCCUUAAGCUAUUUGCCCCCCGGAGCCGUAGUACUUCCACCGCCAGGAAAUCAAACAGAUUACAUAGAUUACGACGACCCAUCGAUUUACUAUCCGCCACCUUACAGUUUUUACUACCCAAAAGAUAAUUCCUCGGCUGUACCUGCUGGGCCUUUAGUGCCGGGAAUAAUUUUGCCUCCUCCUCCAAAUUUCUUUGCCCAACUUGAAAAUACCACCGGCGUAAGUCCGACCAGAAAACCACAACGAUACAGAAAACCAACAACCACCCAAAUAACGAUUACCAUAACUAAAUCAACCACUUUGGCACCUACCACGACUAAGAAAACAACCCUACCCCCUAAGACAGUUAAAAUUUAUCCGGUCAAGAAUCAGCAAUAUAUUAAAGAAAUCAGAACUUCUACAACUCCUCGACCUACUAUAAAAUCUGUCACUAUUGUUCCAGAAGUAUUUACUGUACCUCCAAGACCAAAAUACCAACCAACACAAAGAAAGAAACCUGGUGUAACUAUUCUUAGACCCAUCAAACCAGCUGAAACACCUCCUAAUGUAUACGUUUACGAAAAUGAAAUACCAAAGCAGCCAUUCAAAGAGUAUGGACCACCUCCAAGGGUUACUACCACCGCUAUUCCUCUUAAGUACCAGAGUACGUCCAAUAAUAUCGACACUAAUUCUGUAACAGAAGAAACGGGAAAACGAAAUAACUUUAGAAAAGGAAAAGCAUCAAAAACAACUUUAAGACCUGCUCAAUAUUACUUUUAUGAAGAGCAAGAAAAGGAACAUGAAAUUCCUGCCAAAACGAAUACGUACGUUGAAAAUAACGAACCCUACUACGUAAGGCCAAGACCUAUCGCUCCAGUAAGACAAAGAAAGCCUCAAUAUGUAUAUGUAACAGCUAAACCAUAUAAUACGCAAAAGCCGAGGUUCAGAUUUAUUCAACAACCAGUUAGUCAAGAUACCUUCAAUAUUCACAUUAACAAAUUAAAGGACCAGAUACAACAGUACUACACAACUCCUAGGACUUCUUUCCGAAAUGCUCCGAAGCCAGUUUAUCAGUUUAGUUUUCAAGCAGCUAAUUAUCCAUCCCAACAAACAAACUUCAAACCAUCUCCUCAAGUUGAUCAACAAGAUCAGUUUCAACCAAUACCCCCAAAAUAUACCGUUGAAAUUCAACAAGCCAUUCAAAUUAUCCCUAGUGAAGCGCCAAAAUAUCAGGAAAAUCCAAGACCUGUAUUUUAUCAGCAGAGUACAGAACGACCUUACUACACGACAGCAGCAGCGCCGGAGUAUCCGCAAGAAGUAGUGACUCCAAGACCUAAUUACGUGCAAAAUGUAGCAACACCUAGACCUAUAUCAGAAUACUCCUUUGAGGCAACUCCUAAUCCAGUUUACCAAGGUUAUUACACCAAACCUGACGAAAAUUAUUUUGAUGAUAGAACCAAAACUUAUUUCACAGUGUUUGGAAGAAAGCUACCAGCAGCAACAACACCAAUUCCCCAAAUAGAACAGAGUGCUUUACAACAGAGUAGUUAUCAACAAAGACCCAUCUCCUUAGAAGGGGAUACUUUAGUAAAUUAUGUUCACCCCAGACCUAACAUCAACCCAGACGCCGAAAUCAUCCCGGUUAAUAAUCCUCCCAACUAUCCCAACGUAGUAAGAUAUUCACCUAGACCUAUACCAAAACAAAAUUCCGAAAUAAUCAAAGCCAUACCCUACGAAGUACCAUCUAGUGAGUCGCAAGAUGGUUCCUUCAUAUCAUAUCAACUUCCAGGUGAUGACGGAGCACAUUUCUACUUCCUUACCCCUCAACUAGCUCAAAGAAAAGAUCAAGGCGCCGGAUUCUACUACUCUAAGGCGAGACGGAGAAGAAACGAAAAGACUGCUGAUGUAGAAAGAUGAAUGUGCUGUGAUAGGCAAUAGUGGAACUAAAUUUUUAUAUCAAAUUUGAAUUUCUAGUGCCUAUUAAGAUAAAAUUGGUCUGUGAUCGUGCUAGUUCGGUGAUAAGAACGGUAGGAAACUGUAUCAUCCUAAUUUGUAACGCGUAUUCAAUAUUGUUUGGUACAAUUUUGACAAAGGACUUGGACAGUAAUUUAUUCAUUUGUUAUUUAAUCAAAAUAUAACUGUCAUCUUGUCCAGAUGAUAUUGAAGCAAAUGUACAUACAAAUUGGUAUUAUUAAUCGUGAAUAAGUUUAAGUAGGAGGUCCAACUUGUCAAAAAUUUAAGUAGUAAAAUAUAGAAAAUACCGAAAUGUUUUUUGUUGUUAUUUAUAUUU